AUGUUGGUUUCAGGGAUUCAGAGGAUCACUUUGCUCUCUUGUCUCGUCCUCUCCAUGGCUCUGUUUUUGCCCAAACUGUUUUUAUCUGCAGGGGAGGAGAAGCUGCUUCUUCACUCAGAGGCGGUUGGUCCUGGAAGUCCUGUGAGAUACGGCCAUGGUGCUUCCUCAGGAGAAGAUGAUCAGUGGACACCUGAAUCACUUUACACAACACGUCAGAACCCCGAGACCUUUUCCCACACGAAGACUCUUCGGAAAUCCACACUCCUCGCUCAAGUCACUCCUAUUUACGGCUUUGGAAUCUUCCUCUACAUCAUCUACAUAUUCUAUAAGAGCUCACAGAGGAACGGCUUCAGGGCGAGGGAAGAGGGAAGUGUUAAGGUGUUUGAGGAACGCUGUACGUGUGAAUACUGUGUAUCUCAGGAGGUUGCUCUGAUCUUCAUGUAUCGUCCUGGUUACAGGUGUCGUAAGGACAGAAGUGGACGUGAGGAGAGAAAACUCCAGGACCUGACAAAGAUCACACACAUGCUGGUGGAGGGACGGCCGCUGGAAGACGUCACCCCUGAGGUGGAAGCUGAGGAAACCCCGUAUUCUGCAGACUGGGAGGGUUAUGCAGAAGAGACCUUUCCUCAGUAUGAGGUGCCGCUGUGCAGACGUCGAUAUCCAAGUGUCAUCCUGGAGGAGCCAUACGGAGAUGUUCCUACACCUGAGGAACUGGCUGAAAGAAUGGAGAGAGAAGAUGAGGAGGAUGAAAAGAAUGAAGAAGAGACAGAAGAAGUGAAGGAUGAGUGCAGUGAAGAUGAAGGGAUAAAGGGUGAUGGUGACCUCAAACAGGCACUACUCGAAAAAGGAGAAGAAACAGAUGAUAAUGAAGGUGAUGCUGAUGAAGAAGAUUAUAAACAGGAUGAAGAGGAAGAGGAGGAAGUUGGUGAACCUUGUCUGGCUCAUAAUUCUACUGAUGAAGAGGAGACACCAGGAAAUCAGAAGGAAGGAGAAACAUCCAGCAGGAGAAAACAGAUAACGUUCAGUAAUCACAGGCACGUCUUCCACUAUCCAAAAGGAGGCGCUGUUGGCUGCAGUUAUGAAGAUGAGGAGGUGGAGGAAGACGCACCUGAAGAUGAUGAUGAUGAUGCUGAUGAUGAUGUGGUGGAGGAUAAGCAGGAUGAAGAUGAUGAUCUAAAGGAGAUGGAGAUGGAGAGGGAGGAGGACGACCCGCUGAUGGAGGCUGAGCGUCUGGGCUUCAGCACUCAGUUCACAUGUGAUCCUGAAGAACAGGAAGUUGAUCUGAUCGACUUCCUUCUCACAUAUAAACCUGAAGCUGUGAUUAACUCCGACCAAUCAGGAGCAGCUGAAGCUCCAGGGCUCAGGAUGCGCUACAAGAACCAGAAAAAGGAAAACUGAGCUGAUCAGCAACACCGUCCACAGGAAGUCCAGAGGAAAUGCAGAGGAAAUGCAGAGGAAAUGCAGAGGAAGUCCAGAGGAAGUCCAGAGGAAAUGCAGAGGAAUUCCAGAGGAAAUGCAGAGGAAUUCCAGGCUCUGAUAAGGAUUUACUUUUACUCUAGAUGUUUAAAAAAACUCAGAGUGUUGUGUGUUUUUCUCCGUGUUUCUGACUCCAGUAUCUAAAAAAGCAUUAAGGUGUAAUUUAUAAAUGUGACUUUAGAAGUUAUGUUGUUUUUGUUUGUUUGUUUGUUUGUUUGUUUUGUCAAGAGUUUUUCAUUGGAAUUAUGAUGGAAGGUGUGAGGUGGCAGAGAUGCAAGUGCAGGUGAAUUUUACACAAAACAGGCAAACACGAGAUCAAAAGUCCUGGUAUCAUCACAAGCAAGUCGAGACUUUGUGUGUGUGCGUGUGUGUGUGUGUGUAUGAGUGUGUGUGUGUGUGA